AACGACACCUCAGGUACAGCCAACGGCAUAAACACUGCAGCCGGGUUUCUUGGCGGCCACGGCGUGUUUUCCACGAUGAGUGACUUUGAGAGAAACUCUCCGUUUGCACUUAUGAGGUGUUCUUGUGAGGUUGAGGACCUGGCAUGUGAUUCUAAUAAACGGUAAAGCUGAGCUGCACAUUGCACUAGCUUAUUGCGAACCUCACCUUGCCAAGUCACGCAUCAUCGCAACACCUCCGAGAGUGUGCCAAGAUAGAGGUCCGGGGUUGCUGCCUUGCUGUCAUCAUGAAGAUACUCUGUCUGCAUCCAUGGGGCACCUCGGGCUUGAUAUUCGAGAAGCAGCUGGCGACCCUAACCGACAUGCUGGGUCCGACGCAUGAAUACGUAUACAUCAAUGGACAUAUCCCAUGCGCCCGUGCUCAAGCUCUCCCGGAUUUCGUCAAAGGCCCGUACUACUGCUGGUACGAGGGGCUAUCGACAGCCCAGUGCCAGGAGGCUCACGACAUCAUCGCAGAGACGAUCAAGGAAGAAGGCCCCAUCGAUGGGGUCAUCGGUUUUAGCCAAGGAGCCUCGCUGGCCUUAUCCUUCAUCCUGCACCACGAACUCCAUAAACCAGGCGUGCCGUGCCCUUUCAAGUUUGCUUUGUUCUUCUGUGCGAACCUGGUUAUAUCUCCUGACCCCAAGUUCAACCUCGAUAUGGUGUUCAAAUACAGUCAGGACCACAAGCCUGCCGAUCACGGGCUCAGACCAGCGGCCAAGGCGGACGACCUAGACAAGAUGGCCAGGGAGGCCCAGGCUGCCGAAGGAGACCACGAGGGACGGGGGCAAAACGGCGACCGCCACGAGAUUCCGGCUGCAGUUAGCGGCGCCAAGCCCAACGGUCCGACGAAGAAGCGCGCUCUGCUAGUUCAUCCGGACAGGAAGGAGGCACUGUUUGACGAGCUGACGCGGCUGAUCAACGAGAUGUUGAACAACGUGCCGGGUCAGGUGGACGCAGAGAGGCACUCGUGGCCCAAGGACCCCAAACCAGAGGACUUCCCGCGGCUCAUGCACCCGCUGACUGUACGGGCACGCGUCCCUAUCCCCUCAGUCCACAUCAUUGCCGAGGCCGAUCCGCUCAUGGGCCACGCCGAAGCGGCGGCGCGACUGUGUGACAAGGAAAAGACAAAGCUUGUCUACUUCAUGGGCGGCCACCGCAUCCCAACGGCGCCCACAACGUUGCGCACCAUCACAUCCGCCGUCGAGUGGGCCAUGCAGAAGUCGCAGUUGAUGUGAUUGAUUAUGUUGACGCGCUUGACACAUCGAGCAUGCCAUUUUGACUUGGGGAAUGCGAAGUUCAACUGCAGGGGAUCAUGGAUGUCGAAUCGGGACACCAAACACAUAGUAUCAAGCUCCAAACAAUGCAUACAUAGCAUGUAGGGGUGGGCAAUGGAAAUCAUACCUGCUCGCCAUCGAGCUGCUCAAGCCUCAAGAGUUUCGGUGAAACCGCGUGCUUUCUUGAUUCGGCUCAAAGCGCCAGGCAGGAAAGCAGUUGAG